AUGUACAAUGCACCAGUCACACUUGGCAGCCCUGCACUCUCUGCCAUGCACACUGCACUGGUCACACUUGGUCCAUGCGUAAUUCUGCCAACACCCUCAUCGCCACCUAAUCCAUCCCUCAGGAAUUUUACCAGUGCACUGUUUCGGCUACCCGAAAUACUGCCUUUCACCCUCACACCAUACUUUGCUGGAGAGGUAGACGCUGAUGUCAGGUGGGCACAACAUGAUGAAGCCCUAUAUACAGAGAUUAUUGAUGCAAUGGCUGAUAAUUGCUUUGUCUACCUCUACCACGGUAUGCUUUACAACAUGCCUGCUGUGGCUGCAGCAUCCAGACCUUAUUAUUGUGUCACCCGCGGGCGAUAUAUUGGUGUUUUUAACAAUUGCAUCACAGGCUUUUCUGAUGUGGUAUAUGCCAUUACUUCACUUGUUGUUGGUGAAGUUCUUCUUCGUACUGCCAUUCAUAAGGGCGAAGUACAUAAAUGUCGACUCAGAGCUCCCUGA